GUUAAGGAUGUUAUAAAUCGAAUUUAUUCGGUAGCAAUGUUCUUUUUCUGGUUACCUAUAUUUUUAUUAACAUUACACAGUUUUUAUGUCGAAUGUGUCAUACCAAAUUUAAGCGUUAACGAACUCGAUAAAAAAUUGAUACAAAGAAAACGUCAAGACACUUUGGAUAUGUGUCGUAUCUUCAACGAGGAAACAGCUCGUCUGGAACAAUAUAACAGUGUUAAAAAAUUUAAAACAAAUGAAGAUCAUUCAAAACAACAUAUCAGAGCCAAGAGGAACGUGGAUUCUCUCAAUCCAACUGUGAAAGUUGAAGAUAUACGGCGUGUGGAAGGCAUUGUAGACAAACUUUACGAUGAUAUGGAUGGUAAUGGAAAAGUCACGUAUAGACAAAGGCGAUUUGACACUACCACUACUGACAAGCCUUUAUUAAACACGACUGCGAGACGAUUUAAUUUCGCCCCAGCUGAACUUUUGGGGCCAUCCUCUAAGCAAGACGGUCCGACGCAUCAUGAUGAAGCUGAGAAAAUGCCAUGGCAUAAAAAAUGGAAACAGGGAAUUUUACCUUAUUUUAUUGAUCCUAAUACUUACGAUUCCCAGUUAUCGGACACGAUUAUUAAAGCUUUCGAUUACUUCGAGAAAGCGUCAUGCAUACGACUUCAGCGUCUCCGUGAGAGACCGACGGAUAAACUGUCACUGCAAAAUGUGGAGUGGUUGUAUAUUAGCAACCCUUAUGGUAUAAAGCAGUGCGUACACAGUAACGAGCGUAAAGCGAAUAGCGGAGUUCAGAUGGUAGUUUUCGGUUACGAUUGUUUAUCACUUGGGGAGAUAGUACAUGAAGUGAUGCAUAUACUAGGAUAUUCUCACGAGCACACAAGGCCGGAUAGAGAUCAAUACAUAACUAUUAUGUGGGAUAAUAUUAAGCCAGGUUAUAAGAAAUAUUUUACAACACGAGCUGACGACCCCUUGUUGACUCUUUCCUACGACUAUGCAAGUGUUCUCCAUUAUCCCGCCCGGGCUUUCUCAAGAAAUGGACAAGCUACAGUUGUUACUAACAGUAAUAUAAAAAUCGGCCAACGUGACGGACUUAGCGAAACUGAUAUUGAAAAAAUCGGUAUGGUAUACGGUCACGAAUGUGUUGAAAGAAAUCGACAAUAUCUUCUGAAAACUUGUCCCAGCGUAGUAAAAGUUAGUGGUGAAUCAAAAACAGCAACGCAAGAUGAAAUUGAAAAAUACUUCGAAGACAGACUGUGGCCGUACGGAAUAAUAAAUUACAAAAUGAGAGAUAAACUAGAAUUCUCUGCCGAAGAAAGAGAAAACAUUAAAGCUGUUAUUCGUCAUAUAGAAAAAGAAACAUGCAUACAAUUCCGAGAGCUUAAAGAUAAUGAUGAACCUAAACAAACCACAGCUGCAAAUCAAAAUAAUGUAGAUACUGGAAGCGAUAAUACAAGCCCUAUAAUGUACAGUUUUAGACCUACGCCUGAAAUAAGCGAUAACGAAAUUAAAUACAACGAUGAAACAGCAACAAAAACAAUAAUCACCAAAGCAGAUGACAUAGGAGAUCUAACGUCAGCGAGUACAAAACCCAGCGAUAUAGUUAAUGAAACAAGUACUUUGCCCACAUCUCGACGGCAUGCAGCAAAUCUUUUGAUAUUAUCACGAUCAUCUGAACCUGGUUGUCAUUGCCCGUCACCUGGGAGGCCAAACGGCAAUAAAAAUUUGAAAAUCAACGCGGACUGUUUUAAUUCAGUUAACGAACUCCUACAUUUAUUCGUCCACGUACUCGGGCUGGAUCACCAGCACAAUAUGCACGACCGAGACUCAUUUAUACACAUUGUCUGGAGUAAUUUGACUGAAGAAAUAGAAGAAGAAAUGCAGCAAAAGCUUCCUCCUGCCGCUGCGGCCGGUUUCCCCUACGACUAUCUGAGCGUGAUGCAUUACCCUUGGCUUCACAUUAAAAACGGUGUUACAAGUAUUAUGUAUCCUAUUUGGAAUGAUGGUUGGUCAAUGGGGCAUUGGCAAGGUCUGAGCGCAACAGAUGUCAGAAAGCUAAAUCUUAUAUACGCUGCACAAUGUUCACAACGUAAGGAAUUCGAAAACGAGAGUGAUGAUGAAGACAGAUGA